AUGUCCAAAUCCGCCCCCACCAGUUCCUCGUCUCCCCCAGCCCCCUCCGACAUCGGGCUUGGCGACCCCAUGGCCCUCCCCUCAGCAGUGCUGUCCAUGUCGGGAGACACUCACGUCUCCGACGCCUACCUUAACUCAAUGGGCCCUAGUGUCGACACUCCGUCCAUUCCUCCCUCAGACACCCUCGCCGCUCUCUCCGAGCUCUACAACCUCGGCACGGACACCUCGCCUACUGGCGCCAGUGCUCACUCCGGCAAGACGUACGGGGAAUUGAUGGUCGCAGCAACGCGCCGUCUCGUUCCCCCCGCACGGUGGGCGAGCAUGAUCGAAGAGCUCGCCGAGUACCACCGCUCUCUGGUCAUCGCGGAGCUUCUGGACACGCCGCGCCCCUCUACAAUCAGCCCACGGACCCACGCGAUCUUAGUAGAGACGCUCUUUGCGGGUGCGGAUGCAGGCGUGUCUUCUCUCACGGACGACAGGGAGCAGGAGGGUGCUAAUGACACAGGUGUGGCAGGCCCGGGCGCAGCUCCCGUUGGCCCCCAGAUGCGCACGCGCACACGCAAGAGGAAGGGGAAGGGCAAGGGGAAGGGCAAGGGAGUGGGCAGGGGCGCGCGUGCGGACACUGACGCAGGUGUGGAUGCAGGCGUGAGGGCAGGUGUUGUUGGCGCGACCCCCACCCACCCUUCGGUCGACGAUGAGCUGCCCGGCCUCAUUACCCCCGUCCACUCCGACAACGACUCCGACGCCUCAGACAAUGAGUACAACUAG